UAUUGAGUAAAUUCCGACUACUAUCAAACAACCACCACCAUUCAAAAUGAAGUGCAUACUUGUGUUCACCUGCCUUUCAAUUGCCAUGUGCCUAGCUGCUCCCGCUCCGGAUGCAGAGAUUGUUGACCUGGUGUCCGAUGUCAAUGCCGAUAGCUAUAGCUACAAGUUUGAGACAAGCGACGGCACCAAGCAGGAGCAGCACGGCUCCCUGAAGAGCCUUGGUCCCGAGGAGGAUGUCUUGCAGGUGGCCGGAUCCUUUAGCUUCGUAGGAGACGACGGACAGACGCAUGCCAUCAGUUACGUGGCCGAUGAGAACGGAUUCCAACCCCAGGGCGAGGAUAUUCCCCACCUAUAAAUCAGUGUAUGAUGUUUAUUCAAAAGGUCUUCUAGCUCAAAACUAGAAUUCAUCUGAAAAACAAGCCGUUAAAUCGUAGUACCAAAAUAAUGCAUACUUUCUUUUUAUCGUAGCUCAGUUUAAAUAAAGAUUAAAAAUUAGUGUUAUGUUCAUAUA